AUGUUGACACCUUUUGCGGUGUUAAAUGUUGUAAGCAGAAACAUUUCUACUUCAACCCCUGUGAGUCAGAUAAUUAAAUUGAGUAGGCUGAGAGUAGUGGACAACAGCGAGAUAGGAAAGCAAGCUAUGAUGGAGGGUAGACCACCACGUUGCAUACACGUUUACAACAAGCGUGGGGUGGGAUACAUCGGUGAUAGAAUUUUAGUUGCUAUAAGAGGCGAAAAGAAAAAGGGUAUAUUGGUUGGAUUGAAACAGCAACAGGCUCCUAAAGUUCCCAAGUUUGAUAGCAACAAUCUGGUACUCAUAGAUGACAACGGCACACCUCUAGGUACAAGAAUACAAGUGCCUAUUCCACACAUACUCCGAACGAAAAUGAAAGAAAAGACUCACAGCAAAGGAGCAGAUUAUACUAAACUACUAGCGAUUGCAUCCAGAUUCGUGUAGUAUAUCUAUCUUGUCUACUAUUGUAAUAUAUAUCAAAUAUUUCAAGAAAAUGUUAAUAUUGUAAUUAUUUAGUAUUUUCUGCAAAACUUGUAAUAUGGAAGUGUAUCACUCAUGCAUCUGUGUAUUUUAUUGUAUAUUAAUAUUAUAAUAAAACU